UCCCGGCGGUCCGCGACAGGCGGGAGUUUUCGGAUGUGCUGGCGGCGGCCCCGGGAAGCAGCGGUUGGGCUGAACCUGGCUGGCUGCUUGGGCGGUGGGAUCCGGAAGACGAGUCCGCCAGGGACCCCUGGGCUCCCUCACGUGGCUGGCAAAGCUCCUGCCUUCUUUCCUCUCCUGUCGCUCCAGAGCUGCGGGGAAGCAUGGAUCGGCACCGGCCACGGCAGCACCACCCGGCGGCUGAGGCUCCCUACCCCUCCUCCGCCUCGCUCCGCAGCUGCCGGGAAGGCAAGAUGCCUCGCAGGAAGGGUCCCCAGCACCCUCCCCCGUCUGGCGGCCGCGAGGAGCCGGGAGAGAAACGCCCCAAGUUUCAUUUAAAUAUUAGGACACUGACGGAUGAUGUGCUGGACAAAUUUGCCAGCAUAAGAAUUCCAGGGAGCAAGAAGGAGAGGCCUCCACUUUCCAACCUGAAGACGGCAUUUGCAAGCAGUGAUUGCUUUUCAGAGAUGAAUGAAAACAUUCUAAAUCCACUGUCAGAGAAGGAACUCCUAGAUCUUUUUGAAAAGAUGAUGGAAGAUAUGAAUUUAAAUGAAGAUAAAAAGGCACCAUUGCGGGAAAAGGACUUCAGCAUCAAAAAAGAAAUGGUGAUGCAGUACAUUAAUACUGCUUCCAAGACAGGAAGUCUCAAGAGUAGUCGACAGAUCCCACCCCAGGAAUUCAUCCAUGACCUGAAAAUGGGGUCUUCAGACGAGCGGCUUGUCGGGUGCUUGGAGUCCCUCCGUGUGUCCUUGACAAGCAAUCCUGUGAGUUGGGUGGAAAGUUUUGGACGUGAAGGGCUUGGAUUAUUAUUGGACAUUUUGGAAAGGCUGAUUAGUGGCAAGACACAAGAAAAAAUUGUAAAGAAGAAUCAGCACAAAGUUAUACAGUGUCUAAAGGCCUUGAUGAAUACACAGUAUGGCUUGGAAAGAAUUAUGAGUGAAGAGAGGAGUCUUUCUUUAUUAGCCAGAGCCAUUGAUCCUGAGCAGCCCAGUAUGAUGACGGAUGUGGUUAAACUGCUUUCUGCAGUGUGCAUUGUAGGGGAGGAAAGCAUCCUUGAAGAUGUUUUAGAAGCUUUAACAUCAGCUGGAGAAGAAAGAAAAAUUGACAGAUUUUCUUCUAUUGUGGAAGGUCUUCAGCACAACUCAGUUCAGUUGCAAGUAGCAUGUAUGCAGCUCAUCAAUGCCCUUGUUACAUCUCCUGAUGAUUUGGACUUCAGGCUUCACAUCAGAAAUGAAUUUAUGCGUUGUGGAUUGAAAGAGAUAUUGCCAAAUUUAAAACGUAUUAAGAAUGAUGGCUUGGAUAUCCAACUUAAAGUUUUUGAUGAGCAUAAGGAAGAAGAUUUGAUUGAGUUCUCCCAUCGCCUCGAAGAUAUUAAAGCUGAACUUGAUGAAGCGUAUGAUCUUUACAACAUGGUGUGGAACACAGUUAAAGAAACCAGAUCAGAGGGAUAUUUCAUUUCAAUUCUGCAGCAUCUUUUGCUGAUUAGAAAUGAUUAUUUUAUAAGGCAACAGUACUUCAAAUUAAUUGAUGAGUGUGUAUCUCAAAUAGUACUGCAUAGAGACGGGCUGGACCCAGACUUCACAUAUCGAAAAAGACUAGAUUUAGAUUUAAGUCAGUUUGUUGAUAUUUGCAUAGAUCAAGCAAAACUAGAAGAGUUUGAAGAGAAAGCAUCAGAACUUCACGAGAAAUUUGAAAAAGAGUUUACGGACCACCAAGAAACUCAGGCUCAGUUGCAGAAAAAAGAGGCAAAGAUUAACGAGCUUCAAGCAGAGUUACAAGCUUUUAAAGCGCAGUUUGGUGCCUUGCCACCUGGUACCCCUUUACUUCCUUCAAAAGAAGAUGGAAGCAGCCACUCAGCACUCCCUCCUCCUCCUGCACUGUCCUCUUGCGGAGGGGUGCCACCUCCACCCCCACCUCCACCCCCUCCACUUCCAGGAAUGCCCUUGCCAUUUGGUGGGGGUCCUGUGCCCCCACCACCUCCCCUAGGACUUCUCAGUGGACGAACCUCUCCUCCCCCACCAACCCUGCCUUUUGGGUUAAAACCAAAGAAGGAAUUUAAACCGGAAACCAGCAUGAGAAGAUUGAAUUGGUUAAAGAUCAGACCUCAGGAAAUGACUGAAGACUGUUUCUGGGUAAAAGCAAAUGAAAAUAAGUAUGAAAAUGUGGAUUUGCUUUGUAAACUUGAGAAUAUAUUUUGUUGUCAACCCAAAGAGAAAAGAGAAGAGGAAGAUUUUGAUGAAAAGAAAGCGAUUAAGAAAAAAAUUAAAGAACUUAAAUUUCUGGAUUCUAAAGUUGCCCAGAACCUUUCAAUCUUCCUGAGCUCUUUUCGGGUGCCAUAUGAGGAAAUCAAAAUGAUGAUACUGGAAGUGGAUGAAACACAGUUGGCAGAGUCUAUGAUUCAGAACUUAAUAAAGCAUCUUCCUGAUCAAGAACAGUUAAAUUCAUUGUCUCAGUUCAAGAAUGACUAUAACAACUUAUGUGAACCAGAGCAGUUUGCUGUGGUGAUGAGCAAUGUGAAGAGACUACGGCCACGGCUCAGUGCUAUUCUCUUUAAGCUUCAGUUUGAAGAGCAGGUGAACAACAUCAAACCUGACAUCAUGGCUGUCAGUACUGCCUGCGAAGAGAUAAAGAAGAGCAGGAGCUUUAGCAAGUUGCUGGAACUUGUGCUGCUAAUGGGAAACUACAUGAAUGCUGGCUCCCGGAAUGCUCAAACCUUCGGAUUUAACCUUAGCUCUCUCUGUAAACUAAAGGACACGAGAUCAGCAGAUCAGAAAACAACACUACUUCAUUUUCUUGUGGAAAUAUGUGAAGAAAAGUACCCUGAUAUCCUGAAUUUUGUGGACGAUUUGGAACAUUUAGACAAAGCUAGUAAAGUUUCUGUAGAAACGCUGGAAAAGAAUUUGAAGCAGAUGGGAAGGCAGCUUCAACAGCUUGAGAAAGAUUUGAAAAUCUUUCCUCCUCCUGAGGACUUGCAUGAUAAGUUUGUGACAAAGAUGUCCAGCUUUGUUAUCAGUGCAAAAGAACAACAUGAGAAACUUUCAAAAUUACAUGAAAACAUGGACAAGUCAUACCAGAGCAUAAUGCAGUACUAUGCCAUCGACAUGAAGAAGGUGUCUGUGGAAGACUUUUUGACUGACUUGAAUAACUUCAGAACCAUGUUUAUGCAAGCAAAAAAGGAGAAUUUCAAAAAAAGAGAAGCAGAGGAAAAAGAAAAACGUGCCAGGAUAGCCAAAGAAUUGGCAGAGAAGGAAAGACUUGAACGCCAACAAAAGAAAAAGCGCUUAUUAGAAAUGAAGACUGAGGGCGACGAGACAGGAGUGAUGGAUAGUCUGCUGGAGGCCUUGCAGUCGGGGGCUGCCUUCCGUGACCGAAGGAAAAGGACACCGAAGCCAAAAGAUAUUCGGCAAAGUCUCAGUCCAAUGUCUCAGAGGCCUGUUCUGAAAGUUUGUAACCAUGAAAAUCAGAAGUUGCAGUUGACAGAAGGGUCACGUUCACACUACAAUAUCAAUUGCAACUCAACAAGGACUCCAGUCGCCAAGGAGCUUAAUUAUAAUCUAGACACUCACACGUCUACAGGGAGGAUCAAGGCAACUGAGAAGAAGGAAGCCUAUAAUGUAGAAAGCAGCAGAAAAAAGGAAAUGGAACUUCUUGGCUCUGUUUCUAAAAACGAAUCCAUUCCUGAAGUUGAAGCCCUGCUGGCAAGAUUACGAGCUUUAUAAAUUAAACUGGUAAAAAAUGAUUAAGCCAAAUAUAAAGCCAUGCUUUAAGCUAUAACAUUUGAAAAAAUUGCUUUCUAUACAAGUACUUUAUAUAGUUUUAAAUUAUGAUAUAUAUUAGAAAAGUAAAGCUAAAUACAUGAUUGCUGUGCUUUUCCUAUGUACUUGAGGUUUGGGCUUAUUCAAGAUUGUAAUGGGCUUUAAUGCUUUUUUAUUGUCUCCUGGUGUUCAUAUGUUCUAUAUUUGGUGGUUGAAUUAUACAUAAUGCUUUAGAGAGCAGGUAGGUAGCCAUGUGUUCAGCAAUGUGUCCUUAAGAAAAUACCAUCUAAGUCACAGUAAUUUUCACUUUACUAUUUUCAACAUUAAUGAACACUAAAUCAUCAACCUCAAGUCUUGCUACAUAUCCCUGUAUAUUCCAUGUAUGUUAUUUAUAUAGGACCAGGUUUCUCCUUCAUUGGAAUCUGUAUGCUAUCAACGUAGCAGGGAAAACAAAAAUAUAACAGAUCGGUGAGGAAAUGAUGGGUAAGCUCAUUAUCAUCAUUGUUGAAUUCAUGUUAAUUAGACCCUGUAGGAGACUAUAUGGCAAUUGAGCACAUUUCCAAAAAUGAUGAAACAGGAAUGUACACACUCUAUUUGCAGAAUGCACACGCCUUUGUAUAAAGUGUUGUACACAGCAUUCCAGCACUGCCUCAACUUUUAGCCAAGAGAGCGUUUUUUACCCCUUGUUGAUUAUGAUUCUGGGAUCACAAUUGCCAUUUUGAAACAACCCAAGUCACGAAUUUUUUUUUUUUUAAUUUCUGUGAACAAACUUGAAAUUUUACUUUCUUUGAUCUGCAAAGAUCUGAAGUGUUUCAAGGAAAGUGUUCCUAUGCAUAUGUUGCAGUAUUACCUCAUUUGGGGCAUCAAAUUAAUGCUGUUAAUUCUAUAUCAAAGAAAAUAAACUUACUUGCACUAAAUGAAAUAAAAACGCCUCUUUUUUGUAAUUAGCAUAUUCUGUGGAUAAGCUGGAAACAGACUGUGCUGUGCAGUCUAUCUAAGCGUCUCUUUUGGUUUAUGAUGUAUGGGAAGCAAGUGACUGCUCUUUUACCUUCAGUUAAAAGGCAGUUAUAUGGAACUAGUCUGGCAGGUCCACUGCUUUUUAUUUCCUUGUUUAAGUUGCCACCUCCCUUCAGCUCCAAGUUAAUGAAGUCAAUUAAUUAGAACUAUGAACCAAGCCUUGUUUAUAGACAUUGGGGAACAGAGUGUUAUCCAUAGCCAAGAUGGAAUUAAAUUGUUCUCAUCCAUACUGCUGUAAUGUGCAUUUUGCCCUCCAGUUGCAGUUCCUACUUUCCUGAGAAGAAAUCUUAAAAAUCAGGAAAGGCAAAGGACAUUUACACAUUUUAGCAGACAGGAGCCCUAACAACAAAGAAAGAAGUCAAAUGAAAGAAUUCUGUCUGUUCUUUGCCUAAUUUUGCAAAGACUUGUGACUUUUGGAAACAAAGCUGAAACUCAGCCCUAGUUUGGACACACCAGAUGGCAGGUAAAUAGUCUGUCAACACAGGGCCAGGGAGCAGACACAGGGGAGAAGCAGCCUGCCCAGUGAAGGGAAGUGAAGAUGACACAGCCUCCCAGGGGCAGAGGAAAUCAGGGAGGUCCCGAAACCGAGCAAUCAGACCCCAGAGCAUCUGUCUGCAGAGGCUGAAGGACAACCUUCAGGCGAGGGCCAGGAGCCAGGGGCUAGCAAAGCAGAGCACACCUGUCCCGCCUCCCCCUGGCUGAGGCAGCCUGUUCUGAACUGGCCUGAAUGGGACUGUAGCCAUGAGGAAGCAACCACAAUUCAGAGUUGACAGAGGUAAGAACCAGCCAAGAAAUAUCGCUUUCUGUUUGCAUAUAUUUCUUUGAGAAAAUUUCCCUUCAACAGUAGGCUGGGGGGUGUAAUGAGGGCUUUAAAAUUCAUAAUGUUCCUUUAGCCAACUGUAGGUUAAAACUAUAGUGAUGGCCGUUCCUUUGAAUGCAGACAGUGACAUACACUUUUGUGUUUCUGAGCAAAUAGACUUUGUUCAUUUGAAUUAUCGGAUAAAAGGCCAACUCAAAACUACUGACAUAGCUCAGUGCUCUGACGAGGAUGUUCUUUCCAGGCUGGUGACAAGCCCCAGACAUAUUCCCCUCCCCUUUCUCUCACGUCAGGGGAGAGAAUUUGGCAAGAACACACACAACUAACUGAUCACUGAGUUGUCCAAAAGCAAAGACCAGCUGCUAACAUGCUUCCUAAUCACACAUAUAAAGUAAUUUGAAAUAAAGCAAAGCAGGGACUUCCCACUGUGGCUCAGUGGUAACAAACCCAACUAGUAUCCAUGAGGAUGCAGGUUUGAUCCCUGGCCUCACUCAGUGGGUUAAGGAUCCAGCAUUGCUGUGAGCUGCAGUGUAGGUCCGUAGAAAUGGCUUGGAUCUGCAUUGCUGUGGCUGUGGUGCAGGCCGGCAACUGGAGCUUUCAAUUCGACCCCUAGCCUGGAAACUUCCAUAUGCUGCAGGUU